AUGGACGAUGAUGUCGCACCAAAAAAGCCACAACCAGAAGUAUUCGACGGACCGCUGCUGUCUUCACGCGAUAAAGCCAAGAUUGAACGGAGGAAAAGAAAAGAGGAGAGGCAAAGAGAGACGCAAGUUUUCGUUCCUGACUAUGCUCUUCUUUUCAUCUAUGGACUGUCCUGCUUGCUGGUACAGGUUCAAUAUCAAAUGCAUGUCACGGAGAUGGAGGCACUUAGGGCUGGAAUGCCUCCUGUUUAUGUAAACCACAGUAAUGAUGGUGGGCCAGCUGUUAGGGAUAUACAUAUGGAGAACAUCAGCGUCACCGUUGGUGGUCGUGAUCUAAUUCAAGAAGCCACUAUAACACUUGCUUUUGGAAGGCACUAUGGUGAGUACUUUGUGGUUGUGAAGAUUGCGGACUUUGGAGUCUCAAGGAAUCCAUCUCAAGAGGGAGACAUGACUGCUGAAAGUGGUACCUACAGAUGGAUGGCGCCUGAGGUAAUAAACCAUAAGCCGUAUGAUCACAGGGCAGACAUCUUCAGCUUUGGUGUCAUUCUGUGGGAGCUGGUCACUUCAAAGAUAAGGCAUGGGAUACUGAAUUGGGGUUGCAUUCAUUAG